AUUUUCAUCAGCUAUUGCACGAAGCAUCUUAUGGGUCGAUAAAACUUCUGAUGUUUAGAAAGAUCUUAGGGAAAGGUUUUCACUAGGAGAUAUCUUCCGAAUUUCAGACUGCAAGAGGAGAUCUAUGGAUUCAAGCAAGGUGUGUACCUAUUGUGGAAAACAAAGGCAUACAGUAGAUACAUGCCAUAAGAAGCAUGGAUUUUCUCCUGGAUACAAGUUUAAGAAUUCUGGCUCUUAUGCUAAUCAAGCUACUGUUGAAGAUCAAUCAUCUGGAAAUACAGAUAAUGCACCAAGCCAAGUUAAUUCACCUAGUAUUCAAAGGGUGCCUUUUACUCAAGAGCAGAUUCGGCAGUUAUUGGUUUUAAUCCAACCUUAUUUAACAGCUAUUCAUACCUCUAAACAAGUUACAACUGGUAAUACUCUAGCUUCUUCAUCUCCAGGUAAUUCUCUUGUCCUUAGUUGCAUAUUCAAGUCCAAUCUGUGGAUCCUUGACAUAGGAGCCACACAUCACAUAUGUUUUUCAUUGUCCUCCUUUACUUCAUGCAAGAAAAUUAACCCAAUUUUUGUGAAACUUUCCAAUGGAACCGAACUUGUUGCUAAUUACUCAGGAACUACACAUUUUACCAAAGAUUUUCUUCUGCAUGAUGUUCUCUAUAUUCCUCAGUUCACUUUCAAUUUAAUUUGUGUCACAAAACUCGCUUCUUCCCUUGUUUGUUGCUUAAUUUUUCAAAAUACUCAUUACUUUAUCCAGGAAAUGAAUACUUGGAGGAUGAUUGGUAUAGUUGAGGCAAAGGAAGGCUUGUAUAUCCUACUUAAUCCUCACAUUACAUCUACUUCUUCUACUACAAUAACUGUCAAUAAACCACACUAUCCAUUCUCUGACAUUCACACCAAACCUUUAGGUGUUGCUCCUUUUCAUGCUAUCAUGCUCAAGUUGGGAGGGGUUGAGUUUACCACAGGAUACAGAGAAUGGAUAGUGUGGUUAAUUGACGGUUAUUGUGUAACUUAUUUCAGCUUCGUUUGUUAUUGUUUGUUAAGUAGCUCAGUUUUAGUUCAGUUAGCUUAGUUGAGAAGUUGUUAUUUCCCGCUACUCUAGUUGGUUAGCUUAAUUUCUUGUAUAUAAAGCUUUGAGCUCGGCCACACAAUUCUAAUAUACGGCCACUUCAUUAAUGAUUGCUGGAAGCUUAGACAGUUUUGUUGCAUGUAAAAAAGCAGAUGCCUGUAGAUAUUCUAACGGAUUUUUGUAAACAGAGCUCAAACUAUGUAGAUAAUGAACUUUUUUUUUAGGUUGCAUUAGAAAGUAGAUAACCAAUUAUUAUCGAAAAUAUUCUAUAAGGUUUACUUUGUUAGGAUGGAUAAUUAUUAUUGAAAAUAUUCUAUAAGCUUUACUUUGUUAGGAUGGAUGGAUUAUCAUAUUAUACUUGCAUAACCUUCUAUUACUACAAUAAAUGGAGUUCUCAUCAUCUAUUGCUGAUUUGAAAUUCCAUCAGUUAGAUCCUAGCUAUAUGCUAGUGUAAUUUUACUUUUACUUAGAAAUAUUGAUAUCCUUCUUGUAACUAUAUGAGUAAUGCAUAUUUUAUUUAUUUAUAUUUAUUGUUUAUAGUUAGUGUAUAGUAAUGCAUACUAUGUAAGGAGAAAUACAUAUUCUUCCAAAGUAUGAAAUUUAUAAGAUUGUAUAUGUGAAUUGGCAAUAUGGUGGAAAUUGAGAUUGGUUUUGGGUGGAAAUUGAGAUUGGGUUCUGAAACCAUAUUGAUAAAAUGAAUUGGGUCCAACUCUUUCUAAGAAAAGAUUUACAUAUUCAAAUAUAUACACUCAACUAAUCUACAAAUUCUCAACUAAUCUACAAAUAUCACAUUAUAUAAAAUUAAGAUAACAUCUACUUAAAAUUAUUAUUUAUUUAUUAUUACUAGUUAGAUAAAUAUAUAUCCCGAGGGAACGCGUACAAGAAUUUCCUCUCAUUUCAAAAGAAAUCUUUAUAAAAUAAGGUUAUCCCAGUCAUAUAAGAAGCACUUUCGUCUAACAAUAUCCUGUACCUGUUAGAAGAUGAAAUGAGGCGUUUUGCAUGGGUGGGUGAAGUAACAGAGUUGCCAACGGCUCUGAUUUGGAUUUAUAGCAGUUUGCUAGAGUCAUUAACUGAUCUGUUGGAAAUAGUUAGGGGUGUUAUUGCAACAAGAACAUGUGAGGAUGAUAUGUUGUGAAACGAAAGAAUCUUACUUCCCUCUAAAUUUCUGUUCUCUCUCUCUCUCUCUCUCUCUCUCUCUCUCCCCCC